GCCGAAGCAAAUUUGAGGACUCGCUAGAGCGGAAGUGCUUGGUUUAUCUGGAUUAUAUAUUGCUAAUUACUAUUAGAUCUAACCACAAAAACUCUGUCGAGCCCUGGCCAGUCCGAGUGUUAGAUUCACCGUCGAGGGGGGUCUCAGGCUGGAUUCUUUGUUUGCUAUCCGCACGGUACUUUGUAGAGCAAACAAAGAGAGCGCCGAACUCAAGGAGGGAAAGCCCCUUCUUAAACAUUGCCACUCAUUCCCUAAGAUCCUCACUUACUCUCCCAGAAGUUUUUUUCGCCCCUGGCCUAGUCUUGUCGAAGCCUUCAGCGUGUGGUCCACUGGCCUAUCCGCAAUGUCGAAGAACAAGUUUCGCAGACUCUUGCCUGCGAAGGAAAAGGAGGAGAUAGAACCUGUUGUUACAGAGGCAAAGAAAGAAACUCGGCGCAACAUCUCUCUUGCUUGUACAGAGUGCCAGAAAAAGAAGACCAAGUGCUCUGGAACGCAAUACCUUACCAGCAGAUACCUUGGGGUCACUGGCGCCGAUUUCAUUGUUCUCUCUAUCUUCAUGUGGACGGCCGUCACGUGCCUAUCCUUGUCGGCAGCGUACCACACUCUGAUGAACCACCCUCAACACCUAUAAUAUCUCUGCCUGCGAUUGGACAUGCUGGGUAUAGUGAUCUUCAUAGUGGGUGACCUUAUCUUGGGCAUAUACCUGCUUUUCUGGUGUGAACAUUUGCUACGCAAUAUCUACUGGUG